CGGAUGGGUGUUUUCACCGCCGCGGCGGAUUAGCUUUGAAGCUAACUGUCGGUCGGUUGUUGUUGUGUAUCGGGCUUCAGCUGGGAUGAGGAAGGGGGCGGACGGAGGCCAUACUGACUGAGGUUGCAGCUGAAAAGGAAGCGAGACUGUCCAGUUCCGCGUUAAAAACCCAACCAGAAGGAAUAAAACACAAGCUGUUUGGUUGCUUUUUUUUUUUCUUCUUUUCUGUUUUUUGGACCGCAGUUUGUUGAGCUCCUGUAGGAAGUGGAGAAAUGUGGCUAGCUAAUGCUUUACGACGAGCUCAGACCUGAAGCUUACCAAGAACCGCACCAGACCACAACAGACCAGACCUGACCAGGUUGAGCCCAAUUAUUCACAGUCUCCCUCUCCCCCUCCCCUGCAUCCACCAGCACUCUGCGAUUGUUUCCCUCAGCAGUAAUUUAUUGUGCUGAUCGGACAACCUCACACCACUGGGACUGGACAGGAGACCCAGAGGUUCCCACCACUGGAGCUCUAAGCUGUGCCUGGCAAUGCCUCAGCCCAGCGUCAGUGGGAUGGAGCCUCCCUUUGGGGAUGCCUUUCAGAACUACUCGAUUGCUGACCAGGCUCUGACCAGCACUGAGCUGCUCGCCACCAGCUCUGACCCAGAUUUCAUGUACGAACUGGACAGAGACAUGAGCCACCAGCAGAGCCCCUGUGGGGACAGCAUUGUGGGGGUCGGGGAUGGAGGCAAGGAGGUUGAGGGUUGCGUGGACCAGCUAAUGGGUCUGGGUGAAUGUGAGACAGUCUGCAGCAGCUCGGCGUUCGAACAGUGGGACUCCUACUGGGAAGACCUCACCAGAUACACACGGCUGGCCAGCUGUGAUAUCUGGGGCACCAAAGAGGUGGACUUCCUGGGAUUGGAUGACUUCUCCAGUCCUUACCAGGACGAGGAGGUGAUUGGUCGAACUCCGACGCUGGCUCAGCUCAACAGCGAGGACUCACAGCCUGUGGGUGAGACGCUCUACCCUCCCGCUGACCUGAGCUUGCCCCAGACUCAGUCGUCCCAGCUUCCCUGUCACAGUAAGACUCUCCUGGUCCCCGGCCAAGGAUCAGGCCCUGGCUCUGUUCAACCUUCACCGAGCUCCACAUCCUCUUCCCGUCCUUCGCGCAGCCUUCUCCCGGACUUUCCUGAAGGCUCCCAAAGAGCAACCAGACCUGUUCCUUCCAGCACUGAGACUAUGGCUAAGACUCAGAGCCACCUCAGUCUCACCCAGGACCAUGGUCAUGCUCAAAUAAAGCCCAUGGUGCGUGGAACCAAAAUGGGAGCCCCAACUUCCUACAGCUCUGACUUUGUACGCAAGGCUAAAGUCCGUGUCAGUGCUGUACAUAAGACCCAAGCGGAUAUGCCUCCCCAGACGGAUUUUGAGAGGUCAGAUCCCAUUCUACCUCUCUCCCAGCCUCGAGACGAGAAAGCCUCUACUUCAGCAAGUGCCGCCUUAGUGGGACUACCUGGUGCUGCCGCCGCCAGCUGUUCGGGCAGCCUGGCGAGCUUUGAAAGGAGAGUAGAGGGGACAGCGAGGAGAGAGAUGCCUGUAGGCCGGUCUGCCACUGUGCCUCAGCUGGUUGAGGCGAGCCAGGCUCUGGAGACCAGCACCUCUGGGCUGGUGAUCAGCGAUGGUGUUUGCAGCGGGGCUGGCAGUCUUUUGGUUGUUGAGGGUACGGAGAAGACCAAGGAAGAGGAGCACAACUACUCUCUCUUCAUGACCCGCAGCAGACUGGGCAGCAGAGGCCACCCCCAGACAGAGGAAGAGGAUGAGGAGGACGAGGAGGAUGAGGAAGAGGCAGAGGAAGAGGAAGGAGAUGGGUUGGAGCUAGAAGAUGAAGACCACGAUGAGGGUUUUGGCAGUGAGCAUGAGCUGUCUGAGAAUGAAGAGGAGGAAGAAGAGGAGGAGGACGAAGACUACGAAGCAGACAAGGACGAUGACAUGAGUGACGCCUUCUCUGAGCCAGGCUGUGACAUGGAGCUGAUGGAGGACAUUAAAGGGCUCACAGCAGGAGUCUCCAGCCGAAAGAGAGGAAAGCGCCGCUACUUCUGGGAGUACAGCGAGCAGCUCACCCCCUCCAAACAGGAACGCAUGCUCAAGCCGUCCGAGUGGGACAGACACACGCUGCCUAGCAACCUGUACCAGAAGAACGGGCCUCUCCACGGAAAAUACAUGCUGAAGAAGUCUCGCCGCACAGAUGUGGAAGACCUGACUCCCAAUCCACGCAAGCUGCUGCAGAUCGGCACAGAGCUUCGUAAACUGAACAAGGUGAUCAGCGACUUGACUCCUGUGAGCGAGCUACCACUGACUGCACGGCCACGCUCUCGCAAGGAGAAAAACAAGCUGGCCUCCAGAGCUUGCCGUUUAAAAAAGAAAGCCCAAUACGAAGCAAAUAAAGUGAAGCUCUGGGGACUCAGCACAGAGUACGACCGGCUGUUGUUUGUGAUCAACGCCAUCAAAGAGGAGAUAGUGGAGCGAGUGGAGGACUCUUCUCCGCGUCCAACCAACAUGUCUGACACUCUGGAGAGACUCAUAAAGGAGACACUUGUGCCAUCACCUGUUGCUGGGCAGACUUCAGACUUUGUCAACAAAAUCUUAGAGAACACAGGACGCGGCGAUCCCACCGGCGGACUGGUCGGCCUGCGAGUCCCCACCUCCAAAAUCUAGACAGGCCGCCUUCCACUGAGAGCAGUGGACUCAGUAUUACGAUCGUGCUGUCCUGUUGUAACUAUGCUCCCCUCUGCAUGCCCCUACAACCCAGACUUUCAUGCACAUUGUUAGUCACACAAACACACAUACCACUUCCUGUGUGUAGGUAUGUGUGCUUGUUUUUGCCAUGUCACCUGUAUGGCAUACACCCUAGCUUUCUGGCUCUGCGCACUGCGUGCGGAGUCAGCACAUCACAGUUCUCCCAACUCAUUGUGAACGUCCGUUGGUGGGGGGAAAGCGCCUCUAAAAGCAAGUGAUGGUUAGGUGUAUAGCUAAUAGCACGUCCUAAAUCCACUGGCGAUGAUUAGAUGUGUUUAACAUAGCAUUGUGUAGGGUUGUUUCUGAUGGAGGCUGAGACAAACAGCCGCAUGAGCGUAACCACUGGAAUACUUUCACACGUUUGUUUGAGGUUGUAGUGACAAAGGACGAAUUUACAUGAAAAAAGUUCCAGUUAUCAUUUCUCAGAAGACUUUCACCUCACAGGGCAACAAAAGUGGACUUGAGGUUGUCAAAUGAACCCAAUCGAGUAAAGCACCUUGAUGAAAAUGGCCUUGUAAGCUGCAGUGGAAAAAAGCGGCUUGUUCCGAGGCGUUACGGGGUGGCAAGAAAUAUUUUGUAUUGAAGGCCUAAAUAUGUUCAUGCCAUCCCUGCGAAACAAUGAAGCUGAAAGUUAUUAGAGCUUUUAUUAAGCGAGAGGCGUCCUGCUGGUUUGAAGCUCGUGUCAGGCAGGAGGAAGCUUAAUGGCUCAUAGUUGACCAUGUGAAGAGGAAGCGCAUGUAGCAUGGUGCUUUUUGGCCUUGUGCUGGUUAUAACUGGACUGCGUGGAACAGACCAGUGUGGGAUCAGACAGAAAGUGAGGAAGAUGAUGAUGGUGGGGCUGUUGGCGACGAUAGAGAUGACAUAAACAGUGAUCCAUCUCCUCCAGGAAACUGUAAAUAACUGUGUCUCCCAGCGAACGGCACCGGCUUCCCUUUUUUGUACAGUAGAGACGACCAGGCAGUUUGGUGUGUUCAUACUAGUGUUUGAUCAGAGUUCUAUUCAUUGUGCCUUGUGUAUGUAUGUGUGUGUGUGUGUGUGCGCGUGUCUCCGUAAGAAUGAGUGAGUGUGAGCGGGGCUGAACGAGGAGAGGUGAUCGGCCAGAACUCCCAGCCUAGGAAAGGACUACUUAUAGCGAGUGCGAUGAGGGACACGCUGGUGGGGUUUGUUGUGUCUUUCAGCUGUUUCGAAGAUAUUCUGAAUGUACAUAAACAAAUGGAAGCUCUUGUCGCGUGAUGCCACAGAGUCUGUGUAUAUAGGAGGGCUCUGCAAUAGAUUACUUUUGGUUUUUGGUACUUACGUUUUUGGGGAUUUUGGGGGGGUUUAAGGAUGACAGAUAUUUUUCUUUUAGAGUUACAAAAAAAUAUUUGCACACUAUCUUUUGAUUAUGUUUUGUACCAAAGACACAUGCAACGAAAUGGCGACCAGCCAGUUAAAGUAAGGUUUUGCACAGCUUACCUGACGCCGUAUUGAAUGUAAGAUUUGUGGGAGGGUCAGGGACUUCAUAGAACUGUGAAAUUAGCUUGGGUCCAAUUCUGUACAGAAAAGGAACAUUCAUUUGCUUCUUCUUCUUCUUAUUAUUAUUAUUAUUAUUAUUAUUUUUUUGAAUCUAAAAUUGAACCCCUCUGUUGGCUUCUCCAGUAGAUUUAUUGCUUAAGGAAGCCCUUCAUUCCUGAACUGAUUCCUCCCUCCACCUGCUCAUUGUGUUAAUGGCGCUAGCUAGGAUGAAUACCAAGAGUGCUACUAGAUAAGCUAUGUUACAAUUUUCUUUUCUUCUUCUUCUUCUUCUUUUUUUUAGCUUGUUAAAAUUUCUCAAACAGUAACCAAAAUCUUGUGUUCCUGUAUCACUUGUUUGAUUUCUGUAUGUAGAUGAGGUCUAUAGACAAAUAUAUUAACUGAAUAUUGUACAUAGAAACAUUAAUGAUAUAUCUAUGAAUGGUGAAACGCCACUUUUCAUGACAAUUGAUUCAUUUUUAAGCAUGACACAUUUCUAAAGCCUAUCCUUGCUUUGAGAAAGUUAGAGUACAACAAAAAACCCAACACAAAAACCAAAAAAACAUGCUCUUGUUAUAUUUUUGUAUUUUAGCUGCCUGCUAGAUUUCCUGUUGAUUUGGGAGUGUUUGUUGGUCAGAGGUGGAGGUGUUUGGCUGAUGGUUUGAUCUAUAAGCUCCACCCUUUCUGUUAUUCUUAGCUGGCUGAUUUGAAAUACAGAGAAUCAAGACAGGAUUUAUAUAAAACACAAUGCCGCGAAGUGCUGGUCUACUUUGAGUGGUCUGUGAGGGGGAACGUUGAAGUGCCACUGUUGGCGGUUCUAGCGUGAGGGCAGAUAAGGAGCGAGAUACAGUGUUGCGUCAGAUGGUGUAAGAAAGCCAGAGCCAUCUGAGUGUGGCUGAUCUGGAUUCAGCGCUGUCGUUUAGAUUUUCAUGCAUACAGCAGCGUGCAAAAGUCUCGGCGCAGAUGAUCUAACUGAUCUAAGCAAACAAAAAAAAAGACGAGCAAUGUAAAGAACUCUAAGCUUUAAAAAUGAAACAUUGCUACAAUCAUGCAAAUUAAUAAUCUACAUAUAAUACUCGGAAUCAGUGUAACAACAAUUAAAAAAAAUCUGGUUGACACUCAUUUUUACUCCAAGCAGCAUCAUUACUGCCACCCACUAAGCUGAAGUAGAUUUAUGUGGUCGCCUUUUUUGCUGAGGAAAUUCAGCCCUAAUAAGAAAGAAAAUACACUUAUCAGGCUACAAUACUGGUCAGCUUCACCUUUUGGUGUCAUUUUGAUAUAAAAAGGAAAAUAAAAAGAUAAUCAUUCCAUCUUUAACUUUAUGCCUUUUCAUAUUAGUCCGCUAUACAGAGUAAAACUUGCCCAGACUUUUGCAUGUUGUUGUAUUCUGUCUUGAAGCAUGAAGCUGCUUGAAUUGUGUAUUUUCCUGAGAUGGUCCUUGCUGCCUCUGGCCUUGCUUUGCUGAAUUGAAUCUCCAUUAGUCAUAUCCUUCCUGACUGGUCACAGACAUAAAGAAUAACUUUGGUUACCAGUUAUGGUAAAGUCCUUUAAGGAGAUGCUACCUAUUCUGGGAAUGUUUCACAAUUCAAGCUGAAUUGAUUUAUUUGGAGGUCAUAUUAAAACGAGAAAAAUGUGAAUUUGACAAAGCUGAAUUCAGACUGGCGUGACGUGAGUCUGCUGAUGAUAAAGUUUGUGUUGUGUGACUGAAUAACAGCUAGUGCUACACACACGUAUAUAUUUUUUACCGUUUUCCGUUCCGUCUAAAAAGGGAGAAAUGGUGCUUUUUCUGAAACUAGAAUGACGAGUAUCCAUGAUUCAUAUUUGAUUCUUAGACUAGUUGUAGCCUAAUGACUUGCUCUCCCCUUACCGUCCAUAGCUAUUUUCUUAGUAGUGAUUCAGUUUUGUAAAUAAACUAUAAGUUAAUAUGUAUCUUCUAAAUGUUAAAUAUAUGUAUAGAAUACUCUAUCUUAUAUGUUUAAAAAAACCGAAAGCACUUUGUCCAAAAAAGAAAAAAAAAAAACAAAACAAAAAGAAAAGAAAAGCAUUUUUUUCUCUUCCAUUUGCUGCUAAAUGGCCUGGCGUGAAUGCUGCAAGUGUACUUGAUGACUACUUGCUUGGAUAGGUCUAUUGCCUGACUCUGCUAGGUCUGUAAACUAGCGAGGGGCAGGUGUACGACCUGACGAGGGUUAGAUCUACACAUUUCUGGAGCCAUGACAUGAUAUGAGCGCACAAGAGCGUACCAUUGCAUGGCUUUGGGAAGCCCAGUGUCUUGACAGGAUAGGUCUAUUUCCUGGUCAGGGACCGAGUGAAAGUAUGUUUGUGGUCUUAAAAGAAAACAAAAAUUAUAAAAAAAAAAAACCUAAAAAAAAAAAAAGAGGGUUUUGAUUCCAGGGCCCCUACGUUGAUCUUGAUGCUGACCCCCUUGGCGUCACGAUUCAUUUGCCUUCAGUAGAGGUUUCCUAUGGAAAAACUGAUUCUGCUUUGGCUUCCUCUUCAGGGUGAUGUACAGUGUAGACACAUUUCUUCAGAGAGCUAUAUUGUUAUCAUUUGUAAACUGAUUUCUACUUGUGACUUAUUGAGGAGGAGGGUUUAGCCUGGGGCGGCCAGGGAGAGCUUGUUUGAAAGACGUUGUUCCCGGCCGCCUUGGGGGAAGUUACUAUAUCACUGUACUGUAUGGCAAGCCAAUUACAAAUGGAGACUCAAUCCGGACACUUAUUGCCUUCUUUAAUAACUUUUCACACACAAACAAAAAUAACAACACGGCAGACAAGUCGGCUGCCCAGAGGGGCGUGCCUGACAUUGUUCUGCCGAUAUGGUAAACAACAACAACAACAACAAAUCAAUUCAGCCUGACUGGCUCAAAACAACCUUGACUAAAGUAGCAGACGUGGUGAAAUGUAUCUGAAAGAAAAUGACUCCAAAGGUUUGAACUGCUUUGGAAGCGAUGCUUUCGGGUAUAAUUUCAUCCAGGUCUGGCAAGGGGUCAACAGUGGUUGAAGGGCCGCUGGUUGACGGCCGGCUGACAAGAGGAGCGUGCGUGUGUUUUGCUGUCGAUCACAAGGCUGGUUACAAGAAAGAGUCCUCACAGGUUUUUACAUUUAACAGAAUAGGCGCAAGCUGUGCAACUUUACAUUCAAACCAGGAGACUCUGUGGCAUUUUAACAGUCAAGGAAAUGAGUGAAAAUCCACGCCAGUAAAACUAUUCCUUUUAUUCUUUUCUGUUUUUUUUUAUUUUUAUUUCUGAUUACAUAAAUCCUAUACAGUCAAAUAUUAAGCUAAUAGAGUGUGUAACUUUGUGCUACUCUUGUCCAAUAAAAGCUACGUGGAUCCAUAAAGCUCUUCUUCAGCAAAUCAGGGUAAUAUCGUUCUUCUAUCUGACAUAUGUGAUGACAUAUAAAAAUCAAAAGAAAGUAUAUUUAUGUAUUCCAAUUAUUGUCGCCAUUCUUUACUCUGUACAAAAUAUUGUGCGUACUGUAUGUGUGUGAGAGAGAGAGUGUGUGUGUUAUGAAUCGUUAAUGUCAAUCACUAUGGUGCAAUGCUCUAUAAAAGUUAAAAGCAAAGGCCAACAGACUUGUUACAAAAAAACUCACAAAAUGUCACCGUUUUGUCCAAAUUUGGUCUUCUUGCAAACACAAUCUGCAGCAUCUUCCUCUCUGAAUGGUUUCCACUCUGAUUUCCAGUCGUGAUCCACCUGGGGUUUGUCACAUGGUGCUGAUUACGCCUCGUUGUCCCGAGAAAUGCUACGAAGAUUUAUAAAAAAACAAAAAAAAAGGCACCCAUAUUCAGAUGUGCUUACAGAAAACACUCUCCGUGUGACCAUUUCAUUCAGUGUAACUAUGAUCAGAUCAGACUUCCGCCCAGAUCACUUUCACUGACUCACUGUCGGACCAAUCAGAGGAAGAGUUGUACUGUUUCUUGUUUAAAACAACAACACCAUUUCUGUGCUAUCGACUUGUAUGAUCGUUAUUGUUAAGCGUACCAAUACUUCUUUUGUAAAAGCCAGUCUCACGGAUUUGAUACCACCGCUCAAAGCCACAGAGGUUCUGUUAAAGAUCACGUGGAUGUAGCUUCAUUCAGGAAGAGCAGUUUUGAAUGAGUGCAAUUAAGUGCAUAGAAGUGCUCUUGAGACGGUUUUUAUAGGGUAAUGCUUUGUUUUACAGUGUGUAAUAAUUUCCAAAAAAAUGUCCAGAAAGUUUCCUCCAGUACAGCUUUGUGUAAUUUGGUGCUAAUUCAGGAGAAAGUAUUGAAAUCAUAAACUUCCAGUUAUAUUAAUUGGAGUCCAGCAUGUCAGCUCAAUGUGCCAUUUAUCUAUAGCCAGAAUUAUAAACAGGGAUUAUUUACUUGGACUAAUCAGUUUGUCUACAUGUAAACCCUUUUUUUUAGGUUUUGCUUCGUGCUCAUCGUCUCGGUUUAUUGGCUGCAGUAGAUUGUCUGUCUGCUGCAGCCAACAACCGGUAGAGACCAAAACAGAGCUACAAGGACAGUCAUGUGACCAGUUUUUCUUUGUUUUUUUUAAAAGAUCUUACUGUUCCCCUUUAUUGGUACCAAAGUACAUAUGGUAAUUGUUUCCAGGAAGCUUCUUACCCUGUAAAAUAGACAUUACCAUAAAAAAUCAUCACAGGAAUAAAAAUGUUAAAUGACCUAACCUCGGACUAGCUGUGCUGUCAGGUCUAAGAGUCUGGCUUUGAGGGUUUUUUGUGUUUUGUUUUUUGGCAUUUCAAAUGUAUAUCCUGUCUUGUUUGAACCCUUGUUGCUUGUACAAACAAAACAAAAACAUGUACUACUACCCUCCACAUUUCCCCCCCAGAUAAGAACGCAGCUGUCUCUGCAUGGCGAUUCCCUGCAUAGCGCUGAGAGAAUCAAGUCUGUGAGUUCCUCGCAGAUUGGGAAGAAUUCGGGAAAGGGUGUUCAUUGUCACAAAGUUGUUGCAUGGCUUUUUGGGCUCUCUGUACGCUCUGUUGUAUGAUUUCAUACUUGCUGCUAUUGAAUGAGCACAAAGAGACAUCAGAUUUUGGUUUAGGGUGUCCAUACCACAGUUACAGUAUAUUUAUACCACACAUACCUGUUGGGGUUUUUCUUUUGUUUGGUUGGUUUUUUUUGCUCCCCCCAAUCUUUCUUUUUCCCCUCCCUGUGGCAGUUAAAAGACCAACAGCAUUACUCACCUUGCACUUGGUUUGUACACUUAGAAGGAAAAAAAAAUAUUUUGAAUAUGAUGCCUGCUGAACCAGGUGCCUUAAUCAGUUAUAUGAGAACACAAAUCUGCACCUUCUGUCAGUCUGGAGGGGGUUUCCCUACAGAAACCAGGGACUGGGUUUCCCAAAACCUAAACUUGAAGUUCAAUAAUGAAAUGAAAACCUCAUCUGAACCCUAAAUCAGUGCAUUUUAUAGAAUAGUCAACCUAAGAGGCAGAUGAGAGCCGUUAGUCGUGUCUCGAUCGUAGAAUAGCCUUGCUGAAGAAGAGCAGAAAAGACAACCUGUAAAUUGAAUUGUUUUGGGAAACCUGGUUCUGUUUUGAACUCUUUCUCUGCCCACUAUGCCACGUUAUCGUGUAUUCUGCAUUGGCUGCUGCUGCUAUCACCGCUGGUGUGUCUGCGUAGAGAAGAGCAAACUUCCACUGUGUCUGAGACAGAGGGAGACUUGGGCCUGCUUUUUACCUAGACAAUUAAAAUGCAUUCUUCUCCUUCUAAGGUUUCGACACGGAGCACUCUGUUGCUACCUUUUGAGACCUUGUCGAGACAGGAAAAAAAAAAGAUCCCAAAUAAACGCGAACUUUCCAUUUCUUAACUUUGCUAUUAUGAAGUGCCAGACCCUCCUUGAAGUCAGUGUUGGCACUGAGUCGCAGGUUGCGAAUGAAGCGACAAACUGAGCAUGGAGGUACACUGUGGUGCUAAUCUGUCAGUGGCUGGGUGCUAACAUGGCUGUGUUAAAUAGCUGUAUUAGCCAUAUUAUUCCUUCUGUUGAUGACUCUGGUCAGUCUUGUGUUUCUGACUUCUGACCUGCUGUAUGCUGAUAUAGCGAGGUAUAUAAUUCUGCUGCUGCUGCUUUGCUGAUGAAUGUAGACUAGUCUUCCUCAGCAGGAUCAUACAGACAGACGAGUGUUUGGCAGAGCUUUUCCUGUUGUCUCAACAGAGGGAGACUCUUUGUCAUCAGGAUCCAGAAAGAUCAUGAAUGUUGUAUCUUUUAAUGGCUGCUGUCCUGCUUGUGUGUUUCAAUCUUUUUUAUUAUUAUUAAUAUUAUGGUUUGAUAUUUAUGCUCUGACUCUAUCAAAUGUUGCACUUUUUUCCCUAAAUUAUAUUUUAUUGUCAUUUUCUCUGA